GAUGAUAAGUGGUCCAAGAAAGUGCAGAAACUCUUCCAAUACGCACACCAAACGAUAACAGCGCUUGCCAAUGCGGGCCAUGAGAGUCUCUCGCUCAGUCUAGCACUGCAGUGCAGUACUAUGGCAGACCAACUCAACCUGGAGACUAUCGCAUACGAGUUCUCCACAAAGGUACGUGAUAAUUACCUAUUGUUGUAUGUAUAG